UUUUACCUGGAAUUUGUUCCUCCUAUUUCUUUUUGUUCUAUUUCAGCUUAUCACCGUUCAACUAACUUCUUGACAAGUUCAAGGUUUAUAUUUGAAGAAAAUAAUUGAAUUUUCGAUCUGAAUUAACUCGAGGUUUUAAAAUUACUGAUUGUACAGCAAAUUGAUUGUGUUUGAUUGAUAGAUCAAUCCUCAAGAUUUUGAGAGGGUUUUGACGAUCGAGAAUUAGCGAUGUCUGGACCCUUGGAUCGGUUUGCGAGACCUUGCUUUGAGGGGUCUUCAGGUGCUGAUGAGAGAAGAGAAAGAAAAUCUGAUUUUGAGAAUUCUGAGGAUGAAAGAAGGACAAAGAUUGGUUCCCUGAAGAAGAAAGCACUGAAUGCCUCAACAAAGUUCAAGCAUUCUCUCAAGAAGAAGAAGGGCAAUAGAAGAAAGAGCAAUGGCCGAGUCAGCGCUGUUUCAAUUGAGGAUAUCCGGGAUGCUGAGGAGCUGCAAGCUGUCGAAUCAUUUCGACAAGGUUUGAUAUUGGAUGAGUUAUUGCCAGACAAGCUUGAUGAUUAUCAUAUCAUGUUGAGGUUUUUGAAAGCAAGGAAAUUUGAUAUUGAAAAAGCGAAGCGCAUGUGGGCCGAUAUGAUUCAGUGGAGGAAAGAUUUUGGGACCGACACAAUUAUGGAGGAUUUUGAAUUUAAAGAGUUGAAUGAAGUUUUGAAUUAUUAUCCCCAUGGUUAUCAUGGAGUUGAUAAAGAGGGAAGGCCUGUAUACAUUGAAAGACUGGGAGAAGUCCAUCCCAACAAACUUAUGCAAGUUACAACGAUGGACCGUUACAUAAAGUACCAUGUCAGGGAGUUUGAGAAAUGCUUUGCCAUUAAGUUCCCGGCUUGUAGAAUUGCUGCCAAAAGACAUAUUGAUUCAAGCACGACGAUUUUGGAUGUCCACGGUGUGGGCUUGAAAAACUUCACUAAGAGUGCACGGGAACUCAUUAUGCAGCUCCAGAAGAUAGAUGGAGAUAAUUAUCCUGAAACACUUCAUCAAAUGUUUAUCAUCAAUGCUGGUCCAGGCUUUAGGCUACUGUGGAGUACUGUAAAAGGUUUUCUAGAUCCCAGGACCACUACUAAGAUUCAUGUUCUUGGAAACAAAUACCAGAACAAGUUGCUUGAAAUAAUAGAUGCCAGUGAGUUGCCAGAAUUCUUGGGUGGAAUGUGUACCUGUGCAGAUCAAGGAGGCUGCCUUCAUUCAGAUAAAGGGCCAUGGAAGAAUCCAGGGAUUUUAAAGAUGGUGCUUAAUGGUGAAGCACAACGUGCUAGGCAGGUUUUUAAAGUUCUUAACAGCGAGGGGAAGAUCAUUUAUGCUAAUCCACUCUACUCGAUGGUAAAAAGCAGUGAUACGUCUACUGCCGAGUCUGGUUCUGAAGCUGAAGAUAUUGCUGCUCCAAAAGCCUUUAGGAAUUAUUCACAUCUUCGGUUGACUCCAGUUCGUGAGGAGGCUAAGGCUAUUGGAACAUCUAGCUCUGUUGGGAACUUGUCAGGGUAUGACGAGUAUGUUCCCAUGGUUGACAAGGCGGUUGAUUUUGGAUGGAAGAAGCAACCAUCCCUUCCGAAGCCUUUUAUUACUAAAGAAUUUUUAAAUACAGAAACAUCUCAAAAGGCCCCAGAAGGGCUUUCUGCUCGCAUAUUGGCAGCUCUUCUGGCCUUCUUCAUGACCCUUUUUGUGUUCUUCCGUACACUAUCAUGCCGUGGCACCAAGAAAUUGCCUGAUGCAUCAUCGCAUCACAAGCAAACAAUUCAAGAAUUUUCCUUAGACACGAGUACAAAGGAAGAGUUUCGACCACCUUCACCAACUCCACAAUUUACAGAAGCUGAACUUCUAUCUUCUGUUUUAAAGAGGUUGGGAGAGCUUGAAGAGAAGGUGAAUACUCUUCAAGAAAAGCCAUCACAGAUGCCUCACGAGAAAGAAGAACUGCUCAACGCUGCCGUUUGCCGAGUUGAUGCCCUAGAAGCUGAGUUAAUCGCCACCAAAAAGGCUCUGCAUGAGGCUUUGAUGAGGCAAGAGGAGCUGCUUGCAUAUAUAGACAGUCAAGAAGAAUCCAAGUUGCAGAAAAAGAAGUUUUGCUGGUAAGGACUUGUCUAAUACGAUGAACAUGGGGGUUGAGAAUGUAUGCGGUUGUAUUUGAUGUGACUGUCGUUAACCAUGUGGAGAAUCUUGAAGAUUUCUUUACACAAAAUGUUGAGAGGAACUCUGAAGUGUGGUUUAAAUUUGAUUAUUUUGAGAUAUUUUUGACUGAUGUUCGAAAUUAUAGAUAUUCAUUGCAAAUC